GGCCUUACCUUGCCGUUGGUGCCUCCCCCUCCGCACGGCAGAAGCCGCCGCCGAACGGUUAACGGAGACAUUUCAGUAAUGGACGGGUGCAGGCGCGAAUUUGAAGGGGACAAGAAGCGGAAUUAUAUCCGGAAUAAUACUGUCAAAUCCGCUUCUUGCCUGCUAUCCAAGAAACAAGAAAAUCACUGGGGCAUGCACCAUAGUAGCGAUUCUAGCUCGCACUACGAUUCCCACCGCUAUCCGGCUAUCCCAACCCCAACCCAAAAGAAUUCGCGCACUCCAAUCCCACCCUCGCUUCCAGCCCUUCUUAUUCCCAGUCCCCCGCCGCCUUCCCUCGUUCUCCUCCCUCUUCCCACAACCCGUAUCCCGCCCCUAACCUCACCCCCUCCGCCCCCUCCUGUUCCCAAUCCCAUCCUCCUCAAUUCCUUCCUCCCUUCCAAUCCUACAAUCCCUCUCACUUUCUGGCCGACCAAUACUCAUACAAGCCCUGUUUUGCUGCACCUCCCAAUUCCAACCCCAAUCCCUCCUAUUCCUCCCCUUACCCUUUCUCGAAAACCCUCGAAGAAUCCAUCCUAGCGUUGGGUAUUUCGAUGAGGGUCGAGUAACUACUGCCGGGCUGUGACGAGCGAUUCCUUAAGAAGAGGUCGGAGAGUGGGUUUCGAUACGGCCGGGUCGGCAUAGAAGACGACGGGCUCGGGGAGGGAGUUUACGCCUACGAUGGCGGGAACGUGCAGCCGUAAUGGUUCUCGUGGAAUUGGGCCCGCGAGGUCUUCCUCCAGGGUCUUCUUGGUCGGGUUUUGAUGACUAUGGGAGGCCUUUGGGUUUGUAUUCGGCGUAGGAGGAGGUGGUGGGAAGCACGGGCAGGAUUGUGAGGGCGGUGACCAAGGCGGAGGACCAGCAGGAUGUGGAAAACAGUGUGCAGAAGUUCCAGGUCAAGCUGUUGCCAGAAGGAGGGCAGAGCACUAUGGAUGUUCUUCGCCAGCUGAAAGGGAUGCGGGGAAAUGGUAGCAUUACUAGAAGCAAGGGAACUUCAGGGCCUGGCAUGCCAUCUGAUCAGCCGACCACAAGGAAGAAAGGUUUUGUUGACUGGAUGAACUUUUUAAAGCCUACUAGUGAGGAGAAAGACCAUUGGCACCAUUGCUGGAAUUGUGGUGAUAUUUUCUGUGACAAGUGCAUCCAUGUAGAAUUGUCCUCACUGCAGAUGAGCAUGCUCAGCCAGUACGAGUCUGUGACAGAUGCAUGGAUUAGCUGGACAAAAGUCAUGAGGCAUCAGCAGGUUCAAACUUCAAAGUCAUCUGAUGGGUCCGGAAGGAGGAUGAGGGAAGUUGCAUGCCCCGCGUGCACUGUUAUUCUGCAGGACCAUCCUCUUGGGAAACAUGGCAAGCAUAAGUAGCAGCUGUGCCAGGAGAUCUUUCUUGAUGUUUCACGUUCGAGCAUGAGAGGUAUAAAUGACUUCGGUCCACCAGGUGUCCAACUCUGAAAAAGUGGCGCUUUCACAACUAUUCUCAAAAAUUAGGGGGAAAAAAUGGUAAGCAUAAGAAGCUUAGAUUCAGUUGAAUAGUUUUCGAUGAUCCCAUUCAGUUAGAUAUAGGUAAUAUGCAAUGCAAUCGUCAUCUAUAGAUUGUCGAAAAUAACUCAGCACUCAGGCUCCCUCAAAAAACUGUUUUAAGGCUAACAAAAAUGAUCUGCGGAUUAUCAUAUAGAUUGUUAAACUGUAUCUUUCUGAGAUAUAGUAUGCGGAAAUUCAUAUUUUUAAAUCAAGCCUGAAUAUACUCUGAAAUUUGAUUGGACACAAGAUUCACAGCCACCUAGCAUUCUGGCUCGGCGAUCCAUGACCAGAUUUAGUCAUUGGUAUACAACUACAUGAAAUCUAUGCAUUUUGCUCUGCCUAGGAUUAAAAAAUAAAAACUAGUAUUAAUAUAACCCAACCAACAC